AUGAUUUGUAGGAAGACUACAGAGAUGGGAAGCAAGACCUGUAUAUACAUGCUGCAAACAAUACGGCAACUACAUCCAUGCAUUUCUUUAACAGGGAGGAGUUUUCCUAAAUUUACAAGGAACUAUAGAUUUGAAGCUCCACUUUCUCUGCUUUCAGUUACCAGUACUUUGAGACCAGCACUCAGUUCACUCACUGUACCCAUAAGGUGUAUUACUCAUGAGACUUCACCAUGUAAUGAAGAAAGAAAUCUGACACCUGAUUGGAUAGAUGGACUGUUAAAUGAUUCCCCUGCCAUCUCUGAUGUUAAUCAUAUUAGCCCUUUAGAUGAGCAGAUUAUUUUGGAACCAUGUGAACUGGCUAGUAGCCAUAAAAUGAUAGCGUCUCCUAUUAUGAUUGCUCUGAAUAAUUGUACUACUCCCAGGGAUGUAUUGAAUGUCUUCUGGAGGCCCCCAUACAAAAAAGAUGAACUUGUUGAAGGUGUUCUAAAACUGUGGCAUACAUUCUUGGCACUUAACGAGAAACAGAAAUUCAUGGAAAUAAAAUUCAUAGUUGGUCAUCCACACUUUCACAAUUUGACCCAUGGAGUGAUGAAGAUAGCUCAAGACUUGUCACCUGGGGUUUUGAUCCGGAUGCUAUAUGUGUUUGUGCGUUUACGAAAAAAACAAAAGUCUCAGUUAAUUUUGAAUCUUCUGCUUAUUUGCCAGCAACACCUGUCUAGCUUCAAUGAAGUGGAACUUGCCAUCUUGGCCAAUACUUUGGAAUGGCUAAGGAGUGACAAAAAUGUGCGUUUAUUAAAAUUUGGUCUACGCUUGAUGAUAGAUAUGAAAAUUGAAGAGGUUAAUGAAGUAACUCCAUUUUUGACCAUGAUGAAAGCCGUUGGAAGAACUGCACCAUUAAGCCUUAAAUUAAAGCUGGAGAAAAAAGCUUUACAGAUGGUUGACAGAUUUACUGUUGAACAGAGUGAAAAACUAUUUUGUGUCCUUGCUGAUAUUGACUUCUAUUCUGAACAUCUACUGAACGCUUACAGUUGUAAACUCAUUGAUAGCCUAGAUGAACUGUCGUUUAACAAAAUUGUAAGUGUGCUGUCUUGCUGCUGUGAACUGGAUUAUAGCAAUGAAAGGUUGCUGACUGCAUUUGGGGAUCAGAUUAUAAAGACCAUUUGCUUGUGGAAGCCAUGGCAGUUGGCUAUGAUACUCCAGUACUUUGUACACCUUCAUUUUCGACAUGUUCAACUACUGGAUAGAUAUGCUGAGGUUUUUGCAAAUAAUUUAAAUUCAGUAAAAAUAUCGGAUUUAUCUGAGACAAUCAACAUCUACUCCAUGCUGAAUCAUCUUCCUGAAAAAAAGGCACAGCAGUUCCUGGAGGCUGUGCACACAUCCCUACAGACACACCUCAAUAGUAUUCCACCUGAAAACCUUCUUUAUAUUGUGUACAACUUGAGUGUUCUAGGAAUAUGUCCUGACUUUGCAGUAAAUAAGCUUCUGCAGUAUGAAAGCCUUCUCAAUCUCAAAGAACAGAGCAUUCGUAUGCACAAUAACCUCUGUUUGAUGAUGAAUAAUCCCCUUUUAAAAAGCCAUUCUUUGCACUGCUUAAAGAAAGUCCCUCCUACACCCGCUGAACACUUUCAAACUUUACACAAGGACUUGAAAAUAUUUAUUAAGGAUCCGGCCUUUUAUCAGUACAGCUUGCAGAUUGCCAACACUUACUACAUUGAUUUUGUGUUGGCUUUGGAUACCCAAGAAAACCAGUUGGUUCCUGUAGGUGACCUAGAGACAGACAACCUACAGAGAGCUAACAUCUCAGAAAAUGUUGUUCGUAUUGCUGUAUUGUGUUGUUCUCCAAAUGCUUUUGCUUUGGGCACUCUUCAUCCACUGGGGAAGCUUGCACUGAAGAUUAAAAUUCUCAAAUCUUUUGGUUUUUCUUCUGUGGUGGUCCCUGUGCACAAAUUUGUAAAGCUGGCUGAAGAGAAGAGAAUGGAAUAUUUAAAGACAUUAAUCUUUCAAGAACUAUCUGAAGCUCAAAAUGCUAUGGAGGACACAACAGCUGAAAGGGACUUGCAGCAAACCUCUCAUGACACAUAA